GCUGCUCUUCAUGCCAGAGCCUGCAGCUGUCUCAGUUGCGUCCCACCGCCGCUGUUGUGGGAAAUCUUCGUCCCGCGUGACGAACAGACAGCAGAUUUUCCACUCCCUUAAAGUGUAUCAGCGCCAACCCGAAGGAAAUCGCAACUUUUAAUCAAUUUCCAUUACUGCAAGGAGAAGGGAGGAAUACCUGACAGCUCGUGACGCCCCGUCAGCGUGUUGACUGAAAUCUUUUCAACUGUGAAGGCUUCAGGAAUGUGGAAUACAACUCUGCCUCAACGUGAAAGGACGUUCCUCUGCCCCUGACACCAUGACCACAGACUUGAACUUGACCUCUCUAAUGAAUGUGACAGAGCUUCACAACCACACAAGAGGAUGUUCCCUCACCAAGACAGGUUUCCAGUUCUAUUACCUGCCCACUGUUUACAUCCUAGUUUUCAUUACUGGGCUGGUGGGCAACAGCUUGGCCAUUUGGAUGUUUGUUUGCCAUAUGAGACCCUGGAGCAGCAUCUCUGUCUACAUGUUCAACCUGGCAUUGGCUGACUUCUGCUACGUCCUCUCUCUGCCUUUCCUCAUCUUCUACUACUUCAACAAAACAGACUGGAUAUUCGGGGACGUUCUGUGCCGACUGCAGCGCUUUAUAUUCCAUGUGAAUCUUUAUGGGAGUAUUCUGUUUCUGACCUGCAUCAGUGUUCACAGGUACACCGGGGUGGUGCACCCGCUCAAGUCUCUGGGUCGACUGAAGAAGAAAAAUGCAGUUAUUACCAGUGCACUGGUGUGGGUUUUGGUUGUUAUCAGCAUGUCCCCCAUCCUUUACUAUUCCCGGACUGGCUUAAAGCGUAAUGCAACCACUUGUUACGACACCACCACAGAGGACGAGUUGCCGGGGUAUUUCAUCUACAGUAUGACUUUGACGGUGUUUGGGUUCUGCAUCCCAUUUAUUGUCAUUUUUUGCUGCUAUGGCAUGAUUGUCAAAGCAUUAAUCUGCAAUGACAUGAACAAUGCGCCUCUGCGGCAGAAAUCCAUUCACCUAGUUAUCAUAGUGCUUGCAGUCUUUGCCGUCUCCUACCUGCCUUUCCAUGUGAUGAAGAACCUCAACAUGAGGGCCAGGCUGUACUUCCAAACCCCUGACAUGUGUGAGUUUAAUAACCGCGUCUAUGCCACCUAUCAGGUGACACGGGGUCUGGCCAGCCUCAAUAGCUGUGUGGAUCCUAUUCUGUACUUCCUGGCUGGAGACACCUUCAGGAGGAAGCUGUCACGGGCCACUAAAAAGACUUCGAGGAAAGGAGAGAAUGUCCUUCAAUCAAAGAGUGAUGAAACAGCGCUUAACAGCCUAGCUGAGUAUGUGGAGAAUGGGGGCCGGAGGCUGUAACGAGGUACCUGUGUGUACCAGGUUGUGGAUCUCUUUUAGCUUUAGAAAACAUUUUGGACUUGGCAGAAAUAAAUGCACUGUGUGGCCUGAACACUGUAUGUAGAAUUCAUUGGACAACGGUUUAUAAAACUGUAGGAUAAAUAGUCAUUUUAACCCUGUGAUAAAUAUCGCUUGCUUGCAGCCUGUUGAUAUUGAUAAGCUACUGUACUGUAUCGUCCUGUACUUGUAUUGUACUUUAAAUGGUUGAGCAAUCACUCUUCUUUCUUAUCAUUAGUGAUCAUUGUGAUGAACCAGGCUCGGGGAAAUAGGUUUUCCUACAGGCACUAAAAACCUGUUCAUUCAUUUGUUCAGUAAAAAUAGGACUUAGAAGCACAUUUUCUAUUUACAAGCUGAUGUUUAAUAAUCAAUAGCUAUUGAACACCUAAGAGCUUGUGCCUAAGGAAGUGGACAUGGGAUGAUGUUUUUUUUUUCCUUUAGAGGAAAAAACUAAAUGCACUGAACCUGAGAUUGCUGCAUGGAUGUGCCAUACAGACAUUGUAAUGCACUACGAUUGGGACCUCUCCCUUUAGAGGGCUACCUACCCCUCCUCCUUUCUUUCUACAUCCAUUACUGAAGGGGUGUGAAAUGUGGUCAACUACUUUUUCAUUCUGACAGCUCUGAGGUUAAGGUCUCCAACGGCUCUGUUACCGCAAGUUUCACUCCUUUUACCUACUAAAAUAAUGACAGUAUUUUGUGUAUAUGAUACUAAAAAUAAUAUCUUUGUUUCUCUUAGGUGGACUAUGCAGAAUAUCGUGAUGUUCCAGAUUAGUUUUGUGUUUUUAACUGUCGCUAUCUUUAGUGCAGAUCUUCAUGCAUGAGCCUACUAUCAAAAUCCAUUAUCAGUAUCAUCAGACUGAAUCACCAGAACAGAUUCUGAGAACUCAAGUGUAUAUUACAAAAUAAAGACUAUCAGCUUUUAACCUCCUAGGACCUGGCGUCCACAUACGUGGACAUCACAUUUUGGGUUUUCUAGACCAAAAUACUAAAUUUUGCUCUGCAAGGGCCUGAUAUCCACUUACGAGGACAUUAUACUGCCACUGUUUUAUCAAAAUUUUAAAAAAAAUCUGGUGAUUCUUUGUUUUUACAUUCAUUGGGUCCCAAUAUGCCCAAAUAUCAAAGAGAAAUUAAAAAUGCAUGCCAUGGAAGAGUUUGGGUCUUAGGAGGUUAAAUGAUCUAAACACAUAAACACACACAUACUUUAUAACCUGCUUUGUGACUCAAUCCACAUAUUGAAGAUUUGUUUGUAUGAGAUACCUCAAAGUAAAUGGUGCACUGUGUCCGAGUUUUGGCAGAUAAUCACUUCUGUUGUGUAUCUGUUGUAAACAUUCUGGAGAAAUUAUUGGUAUAUAUUUUACCCUGGUCUGUGUAAAUGUUUGCUGUCUGUACUAAUUCCUUUGUAAAUCUUUAAUGUGGUCAUUUAUAAGUGUCAAGGAAGGAAGUAAAUCAGUUGUACAGGAGAUACGGGGCCACACAUAUCUGUGUCAGUACAUCUUUGUAUUUACAGUAGACAAUUUAUAAGCACUUGUAUAAUUUCACCUUGUUUGUACCAGCUGCACGCACCCUCGCUUAAAUGUUCACAGAGGUGUGAGAGAACAAACGCCACUGGUUUUGGAGACAUUCGUGCAGAGCUCUGUUCUCGCUGCUCCCCCUUGUUCUCGUCACUGCUCUUGACUUUCUCUUUUAGCACAGCUAGGAGGAAAUGAGGGGACGAGUCAGGAAUAAAGAGUGGCACCUUUUCCUCCUGGCUUAUCCUAAGACUUCCUUUGUGUCCGUCACAAUGCCAUGGACCCAUUGAAGCAGACAGGGGUGUGAAGCUGUCGCCAGGACCCGGCGGCGGUGCAGUGUUGCGGGCACAGGAAAGCAACCAACCCUCUUCCUCCACACAGCGCCCGUGAAUACAAACGGCUUUUGAUUUCCUGGCUUUGAGGUGCAAACUGCAUAUCUGGCCUUUGCAAAUGUGUGUGUGUAUGUUUUCGCUGUUUGUGCGUGUGUCUGUAUGAGACAGCCUGAAGGCAAUGAAGACCUUA